AUGAUAUAUUAUCACAUUGAUGAUGAAACAGUACCAUAUUGCACGGAUGUUAUGGUACCACCGGAUAAGAUAACACUUGGUGAUUUCAAGCGGGUAUUGACACGCUCAAAUUUCAAAUAUUAUUGCAAAGCUCCGGCACCUGAUUCCGGAGUAUUCCCUGAAGUAAAAGUAGAGAUACGUGAUGACAAUGAACGGCUGCAUCGGUCAACGAAUGGUCAGUUUGAGCUAUUCCUGUUGACAUCUGAAGGAAGCAGUCAUUCAGAUGGUUCAUCAGGUCUUCCUCUCAAAAGUGCACGAAUGAUGGUACCGGGCCCUGCACCAGCAGUUUAUCCUAUUGGAAGCAUGGCUUAUCGGCAAGCGGUGCAACAGUUUGAUCAUAGCAUGGCAUCAACAGAUUCAGAUUCGCUGAUCAGUGAUAUGAGAGCUCUGCCAAUGCAAGUAAAAGGAAUGUCAAGACGGCCGUAUCAACAGCAGUAUUUAGUUUCACAAGGGUCUGCAGUAGUUCAUUCUCUGAUUUAUCUUCCCGAGAUUAUCAGCGAUCUCCUGGACUGUCUUUCUGAGUUUCCGAUGUUUCUAAGAUGUCCCACUGCGCUGGAAGACAUGGCAAGCAUCCUUCGAUUCUCCGAUAUCAAGGACGUUCAGCUGAUUGAGAGUUUUAUCAAUGAAAAUAUUGAAUUUACCUUGGAAAUAGCGGCGAAACAGGAAGAUUUCGGCGAUUUUUCAAAAAAUCGAGAGUCAGCGCAAAUUGCUUUCUGCUCAUUUCUGCGCAGGAAGACUCAUUUUGCUCAAAGAAAUCCUCUUCGAAUUGAGGGACCAAAAACAGGAUUGUCUGCGUUGGCACUUACGAAUUCUAAGGUACCACAACGAAGAGAUGGAGUUACAGUACUGUAUCAGAGCUCAUUUUCCAGCUACAGGCAUCGUCAUCUGAUUGGAUUUAGUCGCAGAUCUUCACAUCUUUCGCUUUCAAGCGAACUAAGUUCUAAUGCUUCGUAUUAUUUGAUAGGACAUCGUGGAGGCCGUCGUUACGAAGAUUCAACGCUGGGCUCUGAAAGCGAUGCACGACUAUUUUCGGACGAUGAUGAUCGGUCAAGGGUUUCAACAUCAACCGACAUCACCAGCGUCUCGCGGCAGCAUCAUGCUCCAGCAUAUCGUAAACGGCGUAAUCGUCGACGAUUUCGGCAGCCCUCGCGGGCCUCAUCGUUCAGCAGCAUCACCGAAAGUUCGAUGUCAUUGGAUGUUAUCACGGUCACAUUGAAUAUGGACACUGUAAACUUUCUGGGUAUAAGCAUUGUUGGACAAAGCUCUUCGCGUGGUGAUAAUGGCAUUUAUGUGGCCAACAUUAUGAAAGGUGGUGCUGUUGCGUUGGAUGGUCGAAUUGAGCCUGGUGAUAUGAUUUUGCAAGUGAAUGAUAUUUCAUUCGAAAAUUUCACAAACGAUCAAGCCGUUGACGUUUUGCGUGAAUCA